UAUAGGGUUAGUGCAGAAACAUGGUUCAAGAAAAACCUUGGUUAACAACGUCGCAUUUUACCUCAUAGGCUCAUACCCUUCUUUAUCAGUUGUACAUCAAUUCCCCGGCGACCGCCCUUCAUAUCCGGCGCCCUCCAACCCCUCCACCGGCUCUCCACUCUCUGCCGAAAAGCAACGCCCUGGUUAUUUGGUUUGCUUAUCAGUUAACCCCACAUCUCCCCUCUCUCCCAGCCUCACCCCCGGUGGCCUUUCAUCGUCCUGCAAUCCAUUGCCUCCGCAGUUCAUUACUUUAUGUUAAACUGGCAUCAUCAAGGAAUGGUAAAAGACUGGAGUAUGACUAGAAACCAGAAUCGUGAUACAUCUAGAAAAAUUCCUGACAAUGGUGGUGUGGUGCCUUGGUCAUAUCUUAACCAUGAUGUGCUUCUUUUAGUUAUCAUGCAACUGGAGCUGAUUUUAUUUCAUUCAGUGGAGUUUGCAAGUCAUAUACUUCAUUGCAGUAUAUAACAGGAAAAGGAUAUCGAAGGAAGAGUGUUUAAAACCUAUGACUUCUGGCUUGUGGAUCCCAUCAGGAGGCAUGAACUUUAUUUCCCUAAGGCCUAAUGUCUGUUUUUCUGUUGAUGCUGCACCUGAAAUAGGAGUUAGGGCUAUCCUUAUUUUUUAACCUUCAAUAUUUGAGCGGGUGUUUGCUAUCUUAAAUACAGCGGGAAGCAAGCAUUCUAUGACACUUUACCUCAAUGGACUACUUAAGCUAUUUGUUUUCUGUAACGAAUCCCAUCAUUUACAAGCAUUGAAUCACUGGCACGAGCACAAUGAUCACGUGUGAAGUCACGUGCACUCACCAGUCACCGCUUCUUAUUAAGGGGUAUGAUUGUAAUUUCUCCUUGAAAUCGGAACCUAAUGUUAUCUCUCAAUUCCCAUCUCAUCUCUAGUAUUUAUGCUUCUCUCGAGUACAAACCCUAGAACCCCACCUUCAACGCCGUGUCUUUACCAUUGCAGGUAUAUUUUUCUCCUUGGCUUCUAUAUUUGAGUGUUUCCUUUUGUCAAAUUAUCUUCUGUGUUUCGCUCUUCACAAUAGUUUUCAUAAUUAAAACCUUUUCCCUAAUUUGAUUUGAAGUUCAGGCUACAAAAUUUAACUUAAUUGCUCAAAGAUCUGAUAAAAUUUCUUGAGGAUUUCAUCCUAGAAAUCCGAUCAUUUUCAUAUAAUCUGAUUGUUUUUCCUCGAUUUGGUUUUGACCUGAUUUGAGUUUUUGCCCUAGAUUCAUUCAAUGUGAUCUAAUCAGUUCAACUUAGUUAGUUAGCAUCGGAGUUUGCAUACAGUUAACAAAGCUGCAAUAAUGAUUGCAAAAUGAGCUUUUGGAUCUCCAUACGAUGAUUUAGCGUUUCUGAUCUAAUACUUGGAUUCUCACAUGAAAAUCGAGUUUCCAUAUAGGCAAACUUGCCGCUAACAACCUUCGGAAAGGAUGUUUAUUUUUUGGGUUCUUCCCUUUCAGGUAUCAAGUCCUAGUUGAAGGAAAUUGAUUAAAAUUUGUUGUUUUUAUGUGUUCUGGAAAACAAGUUACACUUCAUCGGUUCAUCCAUAUUCUGAAAACUCCAUCCUUCAGGUGGUUAGUAGUCUGUAGAUAGUGCACUUAAUUGUAUUGACCCAUUUGCAACAACUUUUUACAAUGUGGAUGAUUUACAAUUUUGCAAGCACAAUUUUUGUUAAAAACAUCCAUUUCUUCUAGAACUGCUAAUUUCCAGUCAGGGUUGAUUUUGGGAAAAGUGUUGGUGAGGUAAUUAUAUUGCAACAGGAUGAUGAGUACAUGUUGUUAACCCUUUUUAAUUUAUUAUGCAUUUUUUAUGGAACUGCAAAACAACUUCAACUGGAUUGUAUAUGUUUUCUUUUCAUUGGGAUCUCGGCAAGUUACAAAGCCACUUAUUGGGCUCCCGAAAUAUAAAUGUAUCUAUGGACGUAAUAUUCAGUAAUGUCAGUUUUCUCCUUUUCUUGCAACCUCUUGUAAUAAUUCAAUUAUUCGGUAAGGUAACGUCUGUAUAUAUGUGUAUGCUUACAACUCUUGUAUCUUAUAUGGAAUUUGCAUUUACCAAGCGCUCAAAUAUUUAAUUUUCUUUUGCACUAUAGGAAUGGCCAAGAUAAGGAGAAUGACCAGAAACCAGAAUUGUGAUGGCUCAUCAUCAUCCAGCAGGAAGAGAGUCAACGGUGGUGUGGCACCUUGGUCAGAUCUUGACCAUCAUUUGCUUUUUUUAGUUAUGAUGCAAUUGGGUGUCAUUGAUUUUGUUGCAUUUAGUGGGGUAUGCAAAUCAUGGAGGAAACUUGCACUUGAUAACAGGAAGAUUUUUAUGGCAUCCAGACCACCUAUGUUGAUAUCGAUCUCUCAUCGUUCUUGUAAGAAAGAGUGGUACUGUUACCUGGAGGACCUUCAAGGUAGAAAGUUCAAAACCAUCCUUCCCCAUUAUGCUGGCAGGAUCUGUGUUGGAAUAACUUGCGGUUACCUGAUCUUUUUCGGGCGGAAAACCAAAGACUUCUGGCUUGUGAAUCUUAUCACAAGGCAUGAACUUCAUUUCCCUUGUUUCCCCUUUGAUACAAACAUUAAUCCAGAAAGUGUUGCAUGUAUCCUUGUCUAUUCAUCUUUAGUAUCUGGGUGGGUGUUUGUGAUGUUGCUUACAUUCACCUAUCAAGUUUGGUUUUCUAUAGCGGGUACACAAGCAUGGAAUCGUAUCUACUCCACUUCCCUCAUGAUUGAUUUACAUGCUUUUAAGGGGAAGAUAUAUACCAUAAACAUAGGUUGUCGUGUAUAUGAAAUGAGUCUCAAUCCAGACCCCAAAUUGAUGUUACUCCAUACCAAGAAUUUUCCAAAGCCAGACUUCUUAUCUCCGGAGUUUCUUACUUCGAGUGAAAACCUUUAUGUGGUGGAUUGUAGGUCUAAAGAUUCAUACGACGUUCACUAUCUAGAUUUUGAGGAAAUGAAGUGGGUGUCGUCGGGAAAAACAUUUGAAGAAUGUGUGUUCUUUAUUAACAGCUUGAAGUAUUCUGCUGCUAUUAAAUCAGAGUUGUUGGUUGAUCAUCGGUCACUAUAUAAGAGAUUUGCUUACUUCCUUUCCACCAUUGAUACAAGUCGAAAAGGCCGGUUCCUUCCUUCACACAUUUGGUACUUUCCCAAUGAUUGUCUGAAUGAUAAUCGUUUACAUGAAUGAUGACUUGGAUUGGAUGCGCUGUUAUCUUGGUUUUUAUCUUUGCAUAUGCUCAACAUUAAGAUGUUUUAUCGAUGGAUUUGCAUUUUCAAUUUAUUGUUCAAAGAUUUUGGUUGUC